UGUGGCCAGUGACAGCUGGCGAUUUGCUGUGAUGGCUGAUGAUAUCGAGAGUAAAGUUCUUAGAUACAGGUCCCGCUUACAGACCAGUACGGAUGAAGAAAAGAUAGCCAAAGAAUUGCAGGAUGAUAAUUUUGAUGUAGCAUAGAGAUUUGUUAAUAGUGUAGUAUACCUGGAGUAUAGGAGAGGAGAAAAUUUAUUGCUGGACUGGGAAUCGAACCUGGGACUCCUGCAUUUCUAGUCAGGUGCUCUAACCUCUGAGCUAUCCAGGCUGACAUCCACAUUACAAAAAACACUAUUAAAGCUAGCAGACAUCCCAGUAACGGUUGACAUUCUGCAGAAGACAAAAAUAGGGAAAGUUGUUAAUGGACUCAGAAAGAGAGGUGGGGAUUUGGGAUUUCUUGCUAAAAGCAUUGUCACAGAAUGGAAGUCUAUGGUUGCUCGCAUACAAUCUAAAGAAGAUGAAGAGGAAGAAAGCAAUGACCAGUCUGUGUCCGAAAAUCCAAAUACUAGUCCGGAGGUAGAAAAUAAUUCAGAAAAUCCAGAGUAUAAUCACCAUGAAAAGGAAAUGAGUCCAGAUGUACAAGAAAACACAAGAUCUCCAUACAAAAAAAGUGGAGUGGCAGAUGAGCAAAACCAUAACACAAAUAGACAUUCGUCAAGUCACUCAUCACGCAGUAAAGGGGGUAAACACCAGGAAUCGGAUAGAUCAAAGUAUAGUUCUAGAGAAAAAGAUGAAAGACAUUCAUUGAGCCGAGAACAAAAAACAAGUAAGGAUGAAAAGAAAAAUGAGGAAAGGAGACAAAAGUCUUCAACUGGAGAUGGGAAAAAGUCAAGUAGUAAUAGUAAACACUCAAAGAAUGAAACUAGUUUGAAGUCUAAGAUAGAACAAUCUCAUACUAAAGAUGUUAAGAAGGAGGAAAACCACAAAAGUCAUGGGUCUCAUUCCAAAACUAAAGACUCUCAAUCUAAUGUUGAAAUAGGUGAUAAAAAAGACAACAAACUCUCUGAAAGGAAGCAUUCCAGCAGGGACUCUAGCAAACACUCUGGUCAUAAACAUGGACAUUCUUCAAAUGAAAGUAGUAAAAGUGAAAGUAGGCACUCUGAGCAUAAGCGCUCCAGUAGUCAGUCAAGUAGCAAAGACAAAACUCCCAACAAACACAGUGAUCACUCAGGAAGUCACAGUAAGCAUGAUAGCAGCAACCCUAACAGUAAAAACCACCAUGAUAAGAGAUCAUAUACUUAUUCAGAAGAAAACUGUGAUAAAACCAGACAUGAUAUGAAUCAUUCCAGUUCUAAAUCCGGUGAUAGAGAAGUCACAAAAACAAAGCGCACGUUAUCUGACAGUGAGAGUGAGAAUUCUGUAGAAGAAACGGAUGUAGUGGAUCACAAUCAGAGCAAGGUGUUGGGGCAGUGGAAUGGAUUUAGCUCUGAUGGUGAGAUGGAAGAUGAACCCGGAGGUUUCUCUUUUAAUGAUGAGUAUGUGGACCAUGAGGCCCUGCUAAAUGAGGCCCUCAAUAAAUAUCACAUGGAACCUCAAGUGCCAAAGAGAGAAGAUUCUUCUAGCAUUUCUGAUAAAAAGUCCCAUAAUCUCUCCUCAGGGGAAAUGCUCACGGAUUAUCCAAACAAGGGUAAAAACUCUGAUUCUCAUAAAAGGAGAAGAACUGAUGAUGACAAAGAACGAUCCAGUUCACACAAGGAAAAAGUUGGAAAAGAUGAUUCUGGGAAUAGAUCUCAUUCCUCACAUAAUAAAUCAAGGUCAAGUUCUAGUUCAAAAUCUAGCAGUCACAAACAGGAUAAAGAAGACAGAAAACGAAAACACGAACAGGACAAUAAAUCCGAGUCCAAAAAGUCGCGCUCCAGUGACCAGAAACAGGACAAUAAAUCAGAGUCCAAAAAGUCGCGCUCCAGUGACCAGAGCAAAGAGGUCGUGUCCUUUGAGGAAAGCAUUGUUGUUCCUGUGAAAAAACCCAAAGCAGAUCCAAAUUAUGAAAAACUCAAAUCCAAGUUCAAGAUAAAAAAGAAGGGAGAAGCAUCUGAGGAAAAGAAAUCAAAAGCUGAGUUAACAUCAGUAAAAGGAGACAUGAUGGGUAGUGACAAAGUAAAGGUUCCUACUCCAGCCUCCAAGCUGAAGCUCUCUGAGAGAGACCUUGCCAGUCUGGUGCGUAACAACACCACACCCACUUUUUACCAGGUGGAUGAGAACCUAUCUGCUGCUGAUCAGUUUGACGAUUCUUUGAUUGGACAGAAGAGCUAUGCUAGGACCCAGGUGUACUCUGGGAAAAAAAAUAAUGUUGUUCCUAUAGUAGUCUCACUUCAGGAAAUCUGUGUCAAUCUUCUUAUGAACCAUAUUGAUAGUAUUGAAGCUGUAGGGAGCGCUGUGCCAUUCUACAUACUGGAACCAGUGCUCAAAAAAUGUACUCCUGCUCAAUUGUACAGAUUAGAGGACUUCAACCCACAUUUCCUAGAGGACAGUGAUCCACUGUGGAAGUUACAUUGUGAGCGGGAAUUCCGAGGAUCAGAGCCUGAUGAAUUUGAAUCAUACCGUGAAUUAUAUCUGAGAAAAUUUGAUGAGAAGGAAAGGAAGCUGAAAGCAAUCAAAGAUAACAUAUCUCAGUCUAUGGCAAAGGCAGUGCCAGAGAGGACGGCUAAACUUGCCUACAUAGACAGUUAUGUUAAACCUCCUCGUGAAGUUCGCAGGCAGCAGUUAAAGUACGGCACAGCUGGUUCAUCAUCCGGGGAAAGGUCCAAGAAGUUUGCACAUCUCAUGGAUCCCAUCGCCAUCGGACGGAAAGACAGGGAGGAUAAGGCAGUGAGACAGAAAGCUCCAAUGAUGCAGAAGACACUGAUGAUGUUGAAGAAAAUCCGAAAAUAGAUGUCUUGCCAGUAAACAUAGCUGAUUGAGUAGGAAUUAGUCAUAGUCUCUACUGAGAAGUGCUAUGUUACACUUUUGUUUUUUAUAGUGAGAUUAGAAUGUAUUGAAGACAUCAUGAAUGUCCAAGUUCUCUGAUGAAUUGGCGGUAUAUGGUGCUGAUGAAAUACAUUUAAGUAUAUUAUUUUAAAAGUUGUUAACUGAUGUUUGUUUUGAAUGAUAGAAUUUUUUAAUCAAUUUUCUCAUUUAUUGUAUAUACACAUACAUACAAUGUAUAAAUAUUGUACAUUAAUUUCAGAUUGUGUAUUUUACCUGUUUAUUACCUGAAUUUCAGGAACACAUGGAUUUUUAUAAUUGUGUUAUAACAGUUACAUGUACCGUACAUUGAAGAACAUGAGAUACUGUGUAAACAGUUUAUUUUAAAAAUAACACAACAUGCUAAUGUCCAGUCCGAUUAAAACCAGACCUUCAAUCACGCUCCCCCUGUUUUUCUAUGGACGCUCAUUGAAGGAGCAGACACAGAAAAAAAGGAAAGGGGAAGAUUGAAGGUCAGGUUUUAAUCAACUAAAGUCCUGUGAGCGAAUGGACUAUAAAGUCAUAUAAUGCUAUCAAUGAGAAUCUCAUUCAUUAUGAAACAAAACAAUUAUGUGCAGAAUGUGAAUGUUCCUCUAGUGAUCCCUCUGAAAUGUUACUUUUCGGAGUAAUCAGAAUUCAUGUAUGAUUGACUGAGACAAAAUCCAGAAUAAGCGUAUCUGCAGUCUCCAUACUUGUGUAAAAUGGCCACCUUAACUCUUGACAGCUAGGGUAAAGUAGGCUUUGAGAGCAUCUUUUUCUCCCCUCACAAUUCAUUGUGAGAGGGGGUAUAUAGUAAUGGGCCCUUCAUGUGUGGGUGAGUAUGUGUAGGAAGAACACUAUUGAUUUGGGGGGUCAAGGUCACAAUGGGACUUCCUAGAAAAAGAUGGUAGACAGUCUACAAGCCACAGUUUUUGCUCUUUUGAUUUCAUUCUCUACAUGUACCUUUGUUUUCAAGAGAGGAAGAACCCUAAUGAUUUUGGGUCAAAUGUCAAGAAAAGACUUCAUUUAAUAAAACCAUUGUAGACACUCUACAGUUUUUGCUCCAUUGAUAGAGGUUUUUUAUCAAGAGAGGAAGAACCCUAUUGACUUUUGGGUCCUAAGGUCAAGGUCACAAUGGGAUUUCAUGGAUAAAGGUUGUAGACACUCAUUGCGCGGGGAUAUCUACAGUUUCAGUAUAAAACCUAAUAGAUCAUACACCAGUAGUUUAUUAUAAAGAUGACCCAUUUAUUGCGAUGAUAUUGGUGGGAAAAUAAAAGAGGGUUCUACUGCAGUGUAUUUACUACCAGGAUUAAGCAACACAAUCUAAUUAAAAUUAGAUCCUUUGAUCUGCUCACAUCACUACACAAUACGAUCAAUUAAUUAGAUUGUAAGCAAGUUGUUUGUGAAUUUUUCAUAGAUAUUAACAAAGGUUAAAUUCAUGAUCGGCUGGCAACAAGCAUUUGGAUUUACUCAGGUUAAGAUUAGCUUUAUGGAGUAUAAACUAGGAGUGACCCCCUGUCUUGAUGGCUGUUUGAUGUGCCUUUCAUUUUCUAGUUAUUUAUAGAUUUUGGAAAGCACAAUAAAUUGGUAGUUAAGUACUUUAAGGAUCACUGCUAAGAAGAAAGUCAUUAGCAUGUCAAAUUAUUGGAUUUAUAACAGAACUUUCACAUUUCAAGAUUUGUAAUGAAGUCAGUUCUACUACAUGGAGAUGCAUCUCCAAUUUUACACUUGAGCAAACCCAACCUUGAAUAUAAACUCAUAUACAGUUCUGUAUAUGAGUUUAUUGUCCACUGUUUAACAUGGACUAAUGGAAGUUUAAUCGUAUGUGAUUUUAUGAUGAGAGAACUUUAGGUUGCGAGACUGUCCAGUUCCCAUUCCUGAUAAAAUUAUUUGACAUUCGAAAUUGAUUUCUUAGUCAUAAAUUAUUUGUAUUGUUGAUUUAUUUCAGUUGCAAUAUAUUAAUCGCCUUGUUGAAUUUGUUUUUGACAUUUUGUGGCUUUUUAAGCGCUAAGCGUAGCUUAAGCGCUUAUUAAAGUUUAUUGUUCAAUUUAGCAUGUGUGAUAAUGAUUUAAUGUUAGGUUUUGUGUUUUAAGUUUUUUCUUCCGUUUAAAGUUAUUCAAGUAAUGGAUGGAACCGCAUGUACAUAACUUGAUAUGUUUGUCAAAUAUUGUACAUUUUUGUCCACGAAUAUCUAGUAUAGUCCUCUACAGAAUGAUUAAUAUAAUACGGAAUAUCAGAACCAUUAUUUCGUCUCCGAUUCCGUCGUGGUUUUAAUAUUUAGUAUGCCCAACGAGAUCACAUUUUCUGUGUUAACUUGGGCAACUUUCAGUAGACAAGCACUUAGUUAUUAAUAAUUAUUAUCAGAUAUAGUGAGUUCAGGGACAGUUAAGCGUCAAUUUUGAAAGUUGAGGGGUGGGGAGCAAAAAAGGUGCCAUUAUAUAUGUAGACAUUUUUUUUUAGCAAGAAAAGCAAUUCUGCCCAAACCCCAAAAUCGUAAACUCAGUAGGGAGGGAUGUACGAGUUCAAUACUUGCAUUUCUACUACCUCUCAUCGCCAUUAUAACAAGUGACCAGCUAAUAAAUCAAUCUUUGCUUGUACUAAACAACAAACAUUAUACAUGAUAAUAACACGAUAAGUAUGUCUCAUGUCAAAUCCAUUUAAUCCAAUAACUCAUGUUUUUGGUACUAGGACAUUCACUUACAACAUUCUGCAAAAUAACUUACAAACCAGGGGUAGAUAUUUUUGUAUCAGAAAUGAGUCGUCUUUAGCCUUCACUAUUUUGUAUGUACAAGAGUUGCCCAAGUGAUGCUUAAUUUUCGUAACUUCUGUUUUUGAAGAGUUCCAAAAUUUUCUAGUUCCGAUAUCCCGUAUUUUAUGAAUUUUACGACAAGUUUUGACUGGUGUUGGAAUGAAUUUUACCCAAAAUUGAUUGCACAAUUAUUAUUGUGUGGGUGUACAAAAAAUUAAACCAUUUCUCUAAAA